ACAUUUCAAUUUAUUUUUAUCACUAUAACAAAAUAAAAAUAUAGAAAAAUUUUGUUUUUUAUACAAGUUUUGUUAUAAAAUUAAAGUUAAUUCCACAUAAAUAUUAAAGCUACGCCUUAGAAUUUCAAUAAAACAAUAAAGAAAAUGUAUAAACGUUGAAUUAAAACGCCAAAAACUAUGAUGGAAACUUUAGCAUUAAGCUCGACAGACAACCAAAACAAUCAAACACUCCACGUAGCAGCAGCUGGAGUUUUAGAUAAUCAUCAUCAUUCGCCGGUGGAGGAGGAGCAAAUGAUGAAUCUCAGUGAUAUGACAGAUUUGUCACAGGAAAUACAAGAAGAUAUGGUGGUCACCAUGCCCGUAGCCAAAGAGAUAUUAUUGAUUUCAUUGGUUUCCCAAGAGCAGGCCUUGUAUAAUCCUAAACAUGAAAAUUAUAGAAAUACCCAUAGAAAAGAUAUUAAAUGGUUAGAAAUCUCCGAACAAUUAGGCUGGACAGAACUACAAUGUAAAGCCAAAUGGAAAGCCAUGAGAGAUCAGUAUUGCCGGGAAUUAAAAAGAUCCAAAUUUAAUAACAAAGUCAAUGUGAAAUGGAAAUAUUUUAAGGAAUUAGAUUUUCUAAGGCCCUAUGCCUUAGCCAGAAACUAUCGUCCCCGUCUUCCACCUGCCAUUAAUACCAAUAAUAACAAUAAUUCCUUUAUUUGCUCCACUGUUACCAAUAAUAAUAAUAAUGGUAUUACCACUGUAGCCACUGAGGAUAAUAAUGCUACACCAAAAUUUACUACCAUUAAAAUAGAGGGCAGUACUACUAUUAAUUUUGCCACCUGUGAUUUUUCAUCCAACAAAUCUGACACCUCCAACAAUCUCACCGAGGAGCAGCUGUCCUCAGUUUUACAACAGCAAACAGAUGAACAUAAUUGGACUUAUAUAACGGGAUCCAAUAACUCCUCCAAUAAUAAUACCAGGCUGGACAAUCAUUCACUGAGCGAUACACAACAUUUAUUAAAUACACAUCAUCAACAUAAUCCAGAUAAUCAACAACAUCAUCAUCAAACACAAACCACAGAUGAGGCCUUAUACAAUGUUUUGGUAGAUUGUAUGGGACAAAUACAAGAACAGCAACAACAACAACAGCAGCAACAACAACAACAACAGGAACAAUUGUGCCAACAGCAAACUACACCAAAUAACAAUGAGGAUGAAGAUGAUGAUCCUAUACACACUUUCCUGAAUAUAGAAAGUUAUUUUGAAAAGGAAUUGAUUGCUUUAAUACGCAAUGAAGAUAUGUUGUACAACAACUUUAAUCCCAAUUAUCGUAAUGUUAAAUUAAAACUAGAGGCUUGGGAUGAAAUAGCACGCAAAUUGAAAAAGACGGUUAAACAGUGUCGUCUAAAGUGGAAAGCUUUAAGAGAUCAAUUUAUAAGAGAACAUAAACGUUUAAAAAAUCGAGAAAAUAGUGAAACUUUACCGCGUUGGAAACACUAUGAUGCCUUGAGUUUUUUGCAAAAGUUUAUCAAACAUAAAGGAAGUGAUUAUAUUACGCCCAAGAAUCUAUUGGAAUUGGCCAAAAAUAAACUAGUAGAUGAUAUGGAUGAUGGCAGCAGUUCACCUUUGCAACAAAUGUCCGGAGUCAGUGAUGAGCAGGCUAUGCAGCAGCAAUCAGAUCAACAAGAUAAUUUAUGUGUUAGCACUGGCAGUGUAAGUGGUUAUGAUGAUAUGGAUAUAGAUAAUUACAUCAUAGGCGAUAGUGGCAGUGUGGUAGAUGAACACAAUGAAGCCGAUGACCAUGAGCCGGAUAAUGAAGAUCGUAAAUCUCAGCAAGAGUUUUCAGUGUUUAGUAAUCAUAAUACUAAUAUAAGUAUGGGUUCCACAGCCAUGGAUUCAACUAGCACCACUACACUACAACAAACAUUUAAAGAAGAACAUCCCCAAUUACAAACACAACAUUUAGCAGAUGCAACGCAACAGCAACAGCAGCAACAACAACAUAUCAACAUGCCUUCAUUAGAUUUAAAUGAUAAUACACCAAAUGAUCUAUUAAAUUCCAAUACAAUGAGCAACAAUAAUACGCCAGCCAACAAUCAGAAUAGUUAUCAGAACUCCCUAAACAACAGCAAUAACAUUACUUUGGCCUCUACAGUACAAACUUUAGAUAUUUGUGCGGGUGCUACAUUACAGCCACCACCACCUUUACAGCCAGCUCCUAACACAACAGAAGCCUCCACCAAUACCCCCAACAAUCAUCUACAGCAGGACAAUAACAGCUUUUCUAAUAGCAAUAAUCAUCAAACAGCCAUUACUGUUGCUAAUAAUCCUCCACAGGAGGAAGAUGAAGUGGGUGCAUUUUUUAAAUCUGUUGCCAUGAAAAUACGAAAUGCUAAUUUAUCACAAGUGGCCUUAACUGAUUUGGAAAUUGAUAUCUUAAGGGUGAUUAAUAAUGCUUUAAGGAAUCACUAAACAAACAAAAAACACACAGACGGACACCUAAACAACCAUAAAGGGAUCAAUUAUUUAUAUAUCGUUCAAGAUUUUAACAAAAUUUCCUUGAGUUUUUACUCCUUAAAGUAUAAACAACUCAAAAUUUUUAACUUUUAAACAUAUUUUUUCGCAAAAAAAAAGUGUUAUAUAUUAUUACUAUUUAUAAGAAUUGUUAGUUAAUAUUGUCAUACAUUAUUAUUAUUAUUA